UGAUUUUAAAGGAGCAAUUGGAUACGAAAUUCUUGAACAUCGCCAUGACCACCUUUGUCUCGGUCUUGAAGAACUUGUGAAGAAGGUGACUAACAUUCAGAAAACAUUAGAGAUCAAACUGGACAAAUUUCUGCUCGGCAUUACGUCAAUCGCAAAACCUUCCAAUCGAAAUCCUGAAAAUGUUAUAAACUCUUGCAUAAACGCCAUCGAUUCCGGAGUUUAUCAGCUGAAACUUUCCACCAAGUCGUUCCCAGUCUCAGUUUAUUGCGACAUGGAGUCGUUCCUGGGUGGAUUGUUGGUGAUUCAGCAACGAACGGACGGCUCGGUCAACUUUGUACGAAGUUGGCGCGAGUACCAGGGGGGGUUCGGAACCGUCGGAGAGUCCAGCGAGUUUUGGCUAGGGUUGGACACUUUGCACCUUGUUACGUCCAGCGCCGCUUACGAACUGGUGGUCGAGCUUAUCGAUGAGACAGGCAAGUACGGCUUUGCUCGGUACAAGGAUUUCAAGAUCGCUGGAGAGGCAGAAAAGUACCGGAUGUCAGCCCUGGGCGAGUACAGCGGAACGAUUGGCGAUGGGUUGAGGCCCCAUCAAAAUAGUAAAUUCUCCACAUUUGAUCAGGACAAUGACCUGCGGGAGGGCAGUUGCUCUUUGGAUUACCAUUCUGGCGCCGCCUGGUGGUAUAAUAACUGCGGUGGAAGCAGUUCACUCAAUGGACCAUACGAGAAAAAUGCGCAAGGUAAUGCCAUUUUCUGGAUACAUUUGGGAAAAACUUCAGCGUUUAGCCGAAUGAUGAUUCUUCGAAAAUAGGCAUGAUUUUAUAAGAAUUAUUUGUAAAAAAUAAACCUAUUGAAAAGUA